AUGGAUCGAUACAAAGCGUCCAUCGAGAGUGUAGAUAGCGCGCUGAACCGCCUGAAUCAGACCUUGGCCUCGUACAAAUUGCUCGUCUCGGAUCCUGCCAAUUCUAGUACCCCUGCGGCUCCUGCGGGAUCCAAUGCUGCUGUGCAGAAACCUACUCAUAUCCGGAGCGACGCGGUACAGGAGCCGCGGAGUGAUCACCUAGAGCAGAGCAAUGGGAUUCGGGCAUCAUCAGAUGCUGUUUCACAAGCGUCUAUCCGUCCGGAGAGCGUGUCAGAUCCGGAAGAGCGCCUUGUCGACGACCUCCUUCGCAACCUCCGAUCAAGCCAGCGGUACCCGGAGGUGCGUAGAGAUCUUACCAUGAGCUGCCUUGCAAAGGCACCGGCGGAUUACUGUUCAAGGUAAGCUGAUAUUUUCUUCAGCAAGAUGCCUCCGGGAGCUUUCGCCUGCGUCGACUGCAGAUAACGACUAUUCGCGUUGAAGACUAUCCGUACUGUCUUCCUCUGUAUCUCAUUCUUGCCGUCGACUUUCUAGGCCUUGGAUACCCUGACUUGGCGGCCGGCGCUGCCUACAAAGCCUUACUACUCUCCGAUGCCUUGGAUAAUGAGGCAGAAGAGUACCACGAUGAGGCGUCUGCUUCUCUCAAGGAAGUCAUCCAGAUGCAGCCGCUCGAGGAGCGAAUUGCGAUUAUCCGGAAAGCCAUGGACGCAGAGCUGAAGAACACAACUCCGACUGAACUUGAUCCUACCCUGGAUGUGGAGCUCACACUGUGGCUUAAGACUCAUUAUCGCCUCGUGAUGUACCGACUAUUCACGAGAGCUCUCUUGCUGUGCGGCUGUCUGCGUAGUGCGCUAUCUCACUAUAGACAAGCCAUAAAGCUCUAUCCUGGAGAUCAGGAGCUUGGCGACAUUUGCGCCUAUAUCGUCAAACAGGGCGACAAGCUGGGUAUCCCGCGCCCCGAAAGCAUCAGUACGCCUCUACACGACUGGCCUGACAGCGGCUUUGUCAGGAGGGAAAUAUAUCCCUGGAACGAGCUCGAGCCAGACCGCCUGAACAUGCUCGACGAAUUGAACGAGUUGAUGGGAUUCGUGUCAGACAAGCUCGAAGUGCGCGUCGUAGGUCUUCCCGUCUUGACUAGCGACGGCGAUGGGGUGUCACAACAGCUCGGCGUGUUUGCAAAGGAAGACAUUUCUCCUGGCGAAGAAAUCCUGAACGAGACGAGUAUUCUCACCGCGAAUAACAAGCUCCAGGAUGCCCUCUGCGACGCUUGUAGCACCGAUCUCCCGGCCCUCAACAGCCCUGAGGGGGCAUCUGUCGUCUCCUGUCCAGACUGCGAAGUCGUCUUCUGCAGCGAAUGGUGCUACACCCAAGCAUCGGAAAGCUACCACCUGGCGUUUUGCGGCAAAGACGUCGAAGCCAUCGCCAAAGACGUCCCACCCGCCGAAGCAGCAGACUCCCUCUACUCCCUCCUCCUCCUCCGCGCCCUUGCCUUGGGCAAAAGCCAAAACCUCAAUCCCCUCCAAAUCCCCGAAGUCAAAUACAUCUGGGGCGACUUCACUCCCACACCCCCUCCUGACCAAAUCAUCUACACCGACCUCAAUUCUCCCGACGCCUGCACCGUCCCACGCACCUUACCCUUCAGCUUCGAAUACAACAUCCGUCUCCCCUUCCACAUGCUCGAGCGAAUGGACAUUGACAUCUUCGCCGACCCCCACCACGACGUCUGGGUCUUCAACACCCUCCUGGCCAAAUUCCGCGGCACGGCUUCCGCGCGCCUCUCGGGUCUCGGGGGCCGCGCGAUCCGCGGACCCGAAGUCAGCGCCGUCCAUCCCAUGUGGUGUCUCGCGAACCACAGCUGUGAUCCCAACGUGAGUUGGGAAUGGGGAGGCAGUAUCAGAUUCUGGGCGAGAGGGGAGAGAAUUCCUUGGAUUGGGAAAGAGGGCGAGAAGAGAGUGGUUUCCGAGGCGGGCAUCAAGAAAGGUGAGGAGAUUUUGAAUCAUUAUUGUGAUGUCGAGCUGCCCGUGAAGGAGAGGCGGGAGUGGGCCAGGGGUGCCCUGGGGGGCGAUUGUCAGUGUCCGAGGUGCAGGUGGGAAGCUGCUGCUGCUCAACAGCAGGAGGAGGAAGAAGUGAGCAAGUAA